AAUCACCAGGAGGCUUAAGGUUCACGCUUUGAAACACAGGCCUCUCAUUUUGAUAUGUAUUCUUUCUUAUAAAUAGAGAUUAGGUUUUGGUUUGUUAGACCCAUCCCAAGCAAGACAGCUUCCCUUUCAAUCAAACACUAUGGCAACGAGAAGGAUUUUGAAAGAGCUGAGGGAGUUGCAGAGAGACCCUCCUAUGUCAUGCAGUGCAGGUCCAGUAGGAGAAGACAUGUUUCAUUGGCAAGCUACAAUAAUGGGUCCUAACGAAAGUCCAUACACAGGAGGUGUUUUCCUUGUCACUAUCAAUUUCUCUCAAGAUUAUCCGUUCAAACCUCCCAAGGUUGUAUUCAGAACCAAAGUGUUUCACCCUAACAUCAACAACAACGGGAACAUCUGUUUGGACAUCCUCAAAGACCAGUGGAGCCCUGCCCUGACAAUCUCUAAGGUGCUUCUCUCUGUGUGCUCUCUUCUCACAGACCCAAACCCUGACGAUCCUCUGGUUCCAGAUAUAGCUCACAUAUACAAAACCGACAAGGUCAAGUACGAAGCCAUGGCUAGAAGCUGGACCCAGAAGUAUGCCUUGUACUAAAACUCACAACUCCUAAUGUCUACAACUUGUGGUUUUGGUCUUAUUUUAUUAUAAUAAAACAAAGAUGUGCAAUGAUCUUCUGAUCUCUAUUGUUCCUUGAAUAAUUGAGAAACUUGUUUUUGUAUUAUACUAAUAAGUCUCAUUACUAUAUUAGAUAUC